CUGCAGUGGGGACAUCUGAGCCAUGGCAGCCCUGCUGAGACCCGCCCGCUGGCUCCUCCGGGCCGGGGCUGCCCCGCGCCUCCCGCUGUCGCUGCGCCUCCUCACGAGCGGUCCAGGCUGGCCGCACGCAGGUGUUUGUCUGCCUGCGCCAGCCCGGCCGGUCUCCGGAGGGCUACUACACCCAGCCAGGCUGUAUGCUAUUGCUGCUGAAAAAAAGAAAGAUAUUCGAGAGGAGCCCACUUCUUUUAAAAGGGCUGUCAGUCCAUUUGAUUGGGCUCUAAUGAGACUAGAUAAUUCUGUCCGAAGAACUGGUCGCAUUCCAAAGACUCUUCUACAGAAAGUUUUUGAUAGCACGUGCCGCUCAGGUAGCCCAGGUGGUAAUCAAGCCUUGCUUUUGCUACGUAGCUGUGGUUCUCUCCUGCCUGAACUAACGCUCACAGAGAGAACAGAAUUUGCUCAUCGAAUAUGGGACAAACUUCAGAAAUUGGGUACAGUGUAUGAUGUGAGUCACUACAAUGCUUUACUAAAAGUCUACCUUCAAAACGAACAUAAAUUCUCACCUACUGAUUUCCUGGCAAAAAUGGAGGAAGCAAACAUUCAACCAAAUCGAGUGACAUACCAGAGGUUGAUUGCUGCUUAUUGUAAUGGAGGAGAUAUUGAAGGUGCCAGCAAGAUUCUUGGAUUUAUGAAAACUAAGGAUCUUCCGAUCACAGAGACGGUGUUCAGUGCCCUUAUUACAGGCCAUGCAAGAGCUGGAGAUAUGGAGAAUGCACAGAAUAUUCUCACAGUGAUGAAAGAGACUGGAAUUGAGCCUGGUCCAGACACAUACCUGUCAUUACUGCAUGCAUAUGCUGAAAAGGGCGACAUUGACCAUGUCAAGCAGACACUCAAGAAGGUGGAGGAGUCCGAGCUUUACCUUAUGGACCGUGAUUUAUUACAAAUUAUCUUUAGCUUCAGUAAAGCUGGGUAUCCUCAACAUGCCUCAGAAAUUUUGGAAAAAAUUGGGUACGAAAGAAGAUAUAUUCCAGAUGCAAUGAAUCUCAUUUUGCUUUUAGUUACUGAAAAGUUGGAAGAUACAGCCUUGCAAAUUUUACUCGCAUGUCCUCUAUCCAAGGAAGAUGGUUUGAGUGACUUUGGCAGUUUCUUUUUACAACACUGUGUGACUAUGAACGUGCCUAUGGAGAAGCUGAUACACUACUGUAAGAAGUUAAAGGAAGCCCAGAUGCACUCGUCUCCUUUGCAGUUCACCCUCCUUUGUGCUCUGCAGGCCAAUAAAGCUGAUUUGGCAAAAGUUCUAAUGAAGACUAUGAAGGAAGAAGGGUCUCCUGUCAGAAUUCACUAUUUUUGGCCAUUGCUAGUUAAGCAUCAGAAGAAGAAAAACAUUCAAGGAAUAAUUGAAGUCCUCAAAGGAAUGCAUGAAUUGGGAAUAGAUCCUGAUCAGGAGACUUAUGUAAAUUAUGUGUUUCCAUCCUUUGACAGUGUGAAGUCGGUCCAUACUGCUUUGCAGGAAAAUGGAUGUCUUCCUAAAGAUGAUACGCUUACUCAAGCUGAGCUGAAAAGUGAAGCAGUAAAUGGGAACUUAGACUAUAUUUUAUCAGUUUUGGAAUCAAAUACAUUGUCUUUCUCAUUAAAUUCUUUUAGAACCAGCCUAAUUCAAGGCUUUAAGAGGUCUAUGAAUAUAAAUCUUUGGAGCAAGAUAACAGAAUUGUUGUACAAGGAUGGACGAUAUUGCCAGGAACCUACAGGACCAUCGGAAGCUGUUGGCUAUUUUCUUUAUAACUUGAUUGACAGCAUGAGUGACUCAGAGGUACAGGCCAAGGAGGAGCAUUUGAGACAAUACUUCCAUCAGCUGAAGGAGAUGAAUGUGAAAAUUCCUGAAAAUAUCUACAGAGGCAUUCGCAAUCUACUGGAUAGCUACCACGUUCCUGAAUUAAUUAAGGAUGUUUAUGUGUUGGUUGAAAGAGAGAAGAUAGACUCUCGAAAAACUGUGCAACUCAAAUCAUCUGAUUUGGAGUCUACACUUGAAAAACUAAAAGCUGAAAAUCAACCUAUAGGAGAUGUCCUAAAGCAACUCAUAUUAGUGCUUUGUUCAGAAGAGAAUAUGCAAAAAGCCCUUGAAUUGAAAGCAAAAUAUGCAUCUGACAUGGUUUUUGGUGGCUAUGCAGCUUUAAUAAAUUUGUGUUGUCGACACAGUAAUGCAGAAGAAGCAUUGAACUUGAAACAAGAAUUAGACCGUUUAGAUUCAUCUGCUGUCCUUCACACCAGGACGUAUGUAGAGCUCGUAAAAGUAUUGGGAAAGCAUGGCAAACUCCAAGAUGCUAUUAACAUUCUAAAGGAGAUGAAAGAGAAGGAUGUUCUUAUCAAAGAUACAACAGUCACGGCCUUUUUCCACGUCCUAAAUGGUGCAGCUUUCAGAGGUGAAACUGAAACAGUAAAACAAUUGCAUGAAGCCAUGGUGACUCUAGGGUUAGCAAAACCAUCCACCAACCUAAGUUCCCCAUUGAUCACUGUAUACCUGGAAAAGGGUGACAUACCUGGUGCUCUUGAAGCCAUCAUUGACUGCCAUGCAAAGUAUAAAAUACUGCCAAGGAUUCAUGAUGUUUUAUGUAAACUGGUAGAGAAAGGAGAGACUGAGCUAAUUCAGAAAGCAAUGGACUUUGUGAGCCACGAACAAGGUGAAAUGAUGAUGCUCUAUGAUCUCUUCUUUGCCUUCCUACAAACAGGAAAUUAUAAAGAGGCCAAGAAGAUCAUUGAGACUCCGGGCAUUAGAGCUCGACCUUCACGACUUCAGUGGUUUUGUGACAAAUGCAUCACAAGUAAUCAGGUUGAAACUCUGGAGAAAUUAGUAGAACUAACAGAGAAGCUAUUUGAAUGUGAUAGAGACCAGUUGUACUACAGUCUGCUGAAACUCUAUAAAAUAAAUGGUGACUGGCAAAGAGCUGAUGCUGUCUGGAAUAAAAUGCAAGAAGAAAAUGUUAUUCCUCGUGAGAAGACACUAAGAUUAUUAGCGGAAAUCCUAAGAAGUAGUAAUCAGGAAGUUCCAUUUGAUGUACCUGAGUUAUGGUAUGAAGAUGAAACAAGUGUCCAGAAUUUGCCUUCAGCUUUGCCUGUAGAAAAUGAUCUCCAUAAAGAUCUGUUGAAUGCCUGCCAUUGGAAGAGAAACAGAGAUGCAUUUAAUAUUUUCCUGAAAGCAAAAGAGCAAAAUGUUGUGUUUAACCCUAAAACUUACAAAAAUCUCAUAAAAUUACUCUUGUUGAAAGAUUGUCUAUCACAAGCAGAGCAUGUAAAAAAAUUUGCUGAGACCCACAUCAAGGGCUUCACACUGAACGAUGCUGCCAACAGCCUCCUCAUCAUAACGCAAGUUAGGCGGGAUUAUUUGAAAGAGGCUCUAACAACACUUAAAACAGCCUUGGACCUGAAGCAGAUCCCUUCUCGGUUAGCCGUGACCCGCCUUAUCCAGGCCUUGGGCUUGAAGGGUGAUAUAGAAAGCAUAGAAGCAAUUCAGGUGAUGAUAAAUGGACUUGAAAACACAAUUGGACUUUCAGAAAUGGUUUUCAUCAAUAACAUAGCUUUGGCACAAAUAAAGAACAAUAACAUAGAUGUUGCAAUAGAGAACAUUGAAAAUCUGCUUACUUCAGGGAGUCCACCUGUGGAACCCCAGUACUUUGGCUUGGCAUACUUAUUCAAAAAAGUGUUAGAAGAGCAGUUGGAAACAGCAGUUGAAAAGAUAAGCAUCAUGGCAGAGAGACUGGCCAAUCAGUUUGCAAUUUACAAACCUGUCACUGACCUUUUCCUUCAGCUUGUGGAUGCAGGCAAGGUAGACGAUGCCAGAGCUCUCCUACAGAGAUGUGGUGCCAUUGCUGAACAAGUCCCAAUUUUCUUGGUGUUUUUUGUUAGGAAUUCUGGGACAGAAGGAAAGACAGCAACUCUGAGAUCUUUGCUAGAAUUGAUUCCUGAAUUGGCUGAAAAGGAUAUAGUGUAUACCUCCCUCAUGAAAAGCUAUGUCGUGAAUAAAGAUGUCACAUCUGCUAAAGCGCUGUAUGAACAUUUGACUGCAAAGAAUAUGAAAUUGAAUGAUCUGUUUCUAAAGCGUUACGCAGUGUUGCUGAAGGAUGCUGGAGAGCCUCUCCCUUUCACUGAGCCCCCUGAAAGCUUUGCAUAUUAUGCAGAACAGCUAAAAGGAUCGAAGGAAAUCUCUUCAUGAAAUAUGCAGGCACCUUUUUGUUUUCUGUGUAUUGGGAUUGUCUACCUGUUAUUUUUAAAUGUAUUUGAGAGAGAAAAAAUAAAUAAUAAAGAACUUUGUUUAUAUACUUUUGUCACCUGUGUUGAACAUCUUAUUGACAAUAUUUGUGUAUACUUGGUCA